AUGGUACCUAAUGGUGACAUUUUACAAUAUCCCCGAUCAGUGAUGUGCAAGGCCUUCCCGCAAACUUUGACGAAUGCUGCUAGGGAUUGGUUCUCAACCUUAGAGUCCAACUCCAUAGCCUUAUUCUCGGAUUUGGCGGACAAGUUCUCCGCUUUCUUCGCAAGCAGCAAACGCAUCAGGAAGACAGCGGUUUCCCUCAUGCAACUUAGACAGGGGCAAAAUGAGACCCUACGUGACUUCAUGACCAGGUUCAACAAGGAAAGACUUCAGAUUCCCAACCUACACAUAACUGCAGCAGUUUCUGCCCUCACAUAUGCCAUAAAGUGCGAAGCUUUCAAGAUGUCCUUAUCCAAAACUCCGCCGAAGACAGUCACCGAGCUUCUUACCCGAGCUGAGAAGUACAUAAAUAUGGAGGAAACGCUGAACCCGAGAAAGGUUUGA